AUGGGUGCUCUUAAAUAUCUCGAGGAAAUACAAAAGAAGAAGCAAUCUGAUGUUCUUCGAUUCCUUCUUCGUGUACGAUGCUGGGAGCUCCGACAAUUGAACGUCGUCCAUCGUGCUUCCCGUCCAUCUCGUCCAGACAAGGCCCGUCGUCUCGGUUACAAGGCCAAGCAAGGAUAUGUUAUCUACCGUGCCCGUGUCCGUCGUGGUGGUCGCAAGCGCCCAGCACCAAAGGGUGCCACCUACGGAAAGCCAACCAACCAGGGUAUCAACCAACUUAAGUACCAAAGAUCCCUGAAGUCCACCGCUGAGGAGCGUGUUGGUCGCCGUUGCGCCAAUUUGAGAGUUUUGAACUCCUACUGGAUCAACCAAGACUCGACCUACAAGUACUUCGAGAUCAUCCUCGUUGAUCCUCAACACAAGGCCAUCCGCCGCGAUCCUCGUAUCAACUGGAUCGUCAACCCAGUCCACAAGCACCGCGAAUCUCGUGGAAUGACUGCCACCGGAAAGAAGUCCCGUGGUCUCGGAAAGGGUCACGGAUUCAACAAGACCACUGCUGGACGCAGAAAGACCUGGAAGAAGCACAACACCCUCAAGUUGCAAAGAUACAGAUAA